AUGAAUGAGAUUGAAGAAGUCUUCGUUGGGUUUGAAGAAUUUCGCCAAUAUUUUGUUAUAACCAAAGAUAAGAAAGAUUCAACUGAGGCCUUCUUCCAAUCUACAUCAUAUUUUACGAAUUUUUACAAUUUUGUCUUUUUAAUCAACCAUCCCAAGAAAUUAAACGCAGAUCUAAAUCAUUUAAUGCUAACAGGCGAUGCUCUUCUACGUUUUCAUGAAUUAAAAUUCCUCGAAGACGAAUUGUAUAAUUUGGAACUGGAAAAAUAUCACGAAAAUGAGAAGAAAUACAGCAAAUUCAUUGAUUUACUUGGAAAAUUAAUGGAUUAUGCACAAGAUAACUUUAUUCAAGUUAAUGUCGAAGAAUUUCAAAAAGAUACAACCGAUUUUCCAAAUAAGAAACGCAUUACUUCUUAUAUUCAAAUAAUUACAAAUUCUCUUUCGAUAUCUCCAGUAGAUAAUCGCAACAAACAACAAAUUAAAAAAGAAAUUCAGCGUCUCUUGAAAAACUUUGCAAAAGAUGUAGGCAAUUCAACUAUUUUUGCUCCUGUACAUCCAUCUGAACCAUAUCUCAUGGCAUUACUCACUCUUCCUUGUUUGCCAUACAAAGAAAUUUUAGAUAAUGUCAUAAAUGUUUACGAAACAACAGAUGCACAAGUUUUUUCAUUGGAACUAUACGAGUCAAUUUACCAGAUCAUCAAAGAUCUAAAACUUGAAAAACCUAAGGAUUCAAUACUUUUUAUUUGCAUUUAUAGAUACAUCUACGAAACAAUAUUUAUCAGAUUUCCGCAAACAUUAGCAUUUAAGAUCGAUUACACGCAAGCAAAAGCUCUUGAACAACUAAAAAUUUGCGAUUUACAGAUGAUUCCUCCUUAUAAACCAGAAUGUGAUGAACAGCUACAUCCAAGAGAUGUAUUCCCAUUAAUAGAAGACUUUAAAGAUGCUGUUUCAAGUUUACAGAAAUUGUAUUUUGUUGUUUGUCCAUUUGACAUAUUAGAUUGUGUUAAUGAUGCAAUCACGAGCAUUGAGAAAGGCUGUUCAAGGCUUUGUAACUACACAGAAACAGUUUUCUCAUUUGAUACCAUAUUUAUCCUAUUUUUAGCUUGUAUCCUUGCGAGUGAAAUAUAUGAUAUUGAUUCUAUGUCUAAACUUUGCAUGGAUUUCAUCCCUGUUAAUAAACUUGCACCAAAAUUUGAAUACGCCAAGGCAAAGAUCUUCGCUGUUGCAGAAGAGUUGAAGAGAAUAUCUCAGUGCAAGCAAUAG